AAAAGCCAUAACCUUUUAACUGUACGAAUCUGACGACGGCGUUUGAGCAAUUGUUUUCAGCAGGGAGACCGUUGUAAUAAAACCACCAACAGCCUCCGUCGGAAUCAUAUUUUCCACUUCUCUCCGUCGAGGGAGUAUUCCACUCCUUCAUGCUCUAACAGCCGUAACUAACAUUUCAGGGAAAUGGAUAUACUCUUUGCUCAGAUCCAAGCGGAUCUCCGCUCCAACGAUGCCCUCCGCCAAUCAGGAGCCCUACUCCAGGCACUCCAACAAUCUGCAGCCGGACGUGACAUCUCGGUCAUUGCCAAGUCCGCCGUCGAAGAGAUCGUGGCUUCUCCUGCCUCCGCCGUCUCAAAGAAGUUAGCCUUUGACCUUAUUCGAUCCACUCGCCUCACAACCGAUCUAUGGGAGAUCGUAUGCACUGGCAUUCACAACGAUCUGGAAUUCCCGGACCCCGACGUCACUGCCGCCGCCGUUUCUAUCCUUGCCGCCAUCCCGUCCUACCGGCUUGGAAAGCUUAUUACUGAUAGCAAUAAAGAAAUAUCCAGCUGUUUUGAUUCGACUAGUGAUAAUUUGCGGUUUUCAAUUACUGAAACCCUAGGUUGUAUCCUCGCUCGUGACGAUCUGGUGACUUUGUGUGAGAACAACAUCAAUUUGUUAGAUAAGGUGUCUAAUUGGUGGACUCGGAUCGGGCAAAACAUGCUGGACAAAGCUGAUAAUGUUUCGAAGGUGGCAUUUGAAUCGGUUGGAAGGUUGUUUCAGGAGUUCGAAUCGAAGAGAAUGAGUCGAUUGGCUGGAGACAAGCUUGUGGAUAGUGAAAAUUCUGUUGCGAUCAGGUCAAAUUGGGUGUCAUCGAUGGUGGAAUUUGUUUGGAAGAGGCGAAACGCUUUAAUGGCAAGGUCAUUAAUUCUUCCAGUGGAGAGUUUUAGGUCCAGUGUGUAUCCGCUUGUUUAUGCCGUAAAAUCUGUUGCAUCCGGCUCAAUCGAGGCUUUUCAGAAGCUCUCAAGGUCUUCGAAGAAAACAAAUAUCAGCAAUUUGGAUUCAAGCAAAGCAGAGAGGUUUGUGGGAGUGUCAGAUGUAGUCACCCAUUUGGCUCCCUUUCUGUCAUCUUCUUUAGACCCAUCAUUGAUUUUCGAGGUGGGGAUUAACAUGUUGUAUCUGGCUGAUGUUCCUGGUGGCAAGCCUGAGUGGGCUUCAGCUUCGAUUAUUGCAAUUCUCACACUUUGGGACAGACAAGAAUUUUCUUCUGCUAGAGAGAGUAUAGUUAGAGCUGUUGUUACGAACCUACAUCUCCUCGAUCUUAGUAUGCAGGUGUCAUUAUUCAAAAGGCUGCUUCUGAUGGUGCGAAACUUGAGGGCAGAAUCAGACCGAAUGCAUGCUUUAGCAUGCAUCUGUCGUACAGCUCUCUGUGUUGAUCUUUUUGCAAAAGAAAGUGUUCGAAGAGGCCAAAAACCUCUCUCAGGAACCGACAUCGCAUCACUUUUUGAAGACACCAGAAUCAAAGAUGACCUCAACACUGUGACAAGCAAAAAUUUAUUCAGAGAAGAACUGGUGGCCACUUUAGUAGAAAGCUGCUUCCAGCUGUCACUCCCAUUACCCGAACAAAAAAAUUCAGGCAUGGAAAGUAGAGUGAUUGGAGCAUUGGCUUAUGGAACCGGUUAUGGUGCAUUAAAUUGGACCGAACCAGCUUUAGAAGUAGUGGAGGUCUGUCGUCCUUGUGUGAAAUGGGACUGUGAGGGUCGAACUUAUGCUGUUGAUUGUUACUUAAAGCUACUGGUCAGACUUUGCCAUAUAUUUGAUACCAGGGGUGGGGUCAAACGAGUCAAAGAUGGGGCAUCUCAAGAUCAGAUUUUGAACGAAACCCGUUUACAAAAUUUGCAACGACAACUCGUCAAUGAUCUGCUUGAGGUGAAUACCCCUAGAAUUGCUGCCCGGCUUAUUUGGGCAAUUUCAGAACACAUUGAUUUAGAAGGCUUGGAUCCUCUUUUAGCUGAUGACCCAGAGGAUGCAUUAAACAUCAUCAUAUCAAAAAUCCACAAGAUCUUGUUCAAUGCUGACUCAUCUGCGACUGAAACGAAUAAGCUCCAGGAUGUUCAAGCAGUUCUUUUAUGUGCUCAAAGAUUGGGCUCACGUAAUGCUAGGGCCGGCCAGUUGCUCACAAAAGAGCUAGAAGACUUCAGGGCUGAUCCUUUGACUGAUUCUGUCAACAAACAUCAGGCCCGUAUGAUAUUACAGAGAAUCAAAUAUGUUUCCAGUCAUUCUGAUGACAAGUGGGCUGGUGUUAGUGAAGCAAGAGGAGACUACCCAUUCAGUCACCACAAACUAACAGUUCAAUUCUACGAAGGCUCAGCAGCCCAAGACCGAAAACUGGAAGGAUUAGUUCACAAAGCUAUUCUAGAACUAUGGAGACCCGAUCCGAGUGAACUAACUCUAUUAUUAACAAAAGGAGCGGAUGCUACUACUUCACUAAAAGUUCCUCCAAAUGCACACACAUUAACCGGUAGUAGUGAUCCCUGUUACGUGGAAGCAUACCACUUAUCAGACCCAAGCGAUGGCAGAAUCACACUUCAUUUAAAAGUUCUAAAUCUAACCGAAAUGGAACUUAAUCGGGUCGACAUCCGGGUCGGGUUAUCCGGCGCUUCAUAUUUCAUGGACGGGUCCCCCCAAGCAGUUCGACAGUUACGCGAUCUAAACUCUCAGGAACCCGUAUUAUGCAGCGUCACAUUGGGGGUGUCUCAUUUUGAAAGAUGUGCGCUUUGGGUACAAGUGUUGUACUACCCGUUUCAUGGACAUGACAUUGCAGGGCAUGAAGGUGACUACACUGAAGAAGAUCAACAAAUCAUCAGACAAAGAAGAAACUUAAAGCCGGAAUUAGGAAAGCCUGUAAUCAUGAGAUGCCAGCCUUACAAGAUUCCAUUAACCGAGCUUUUAUUGCCUCAUAAAAUCUCACCCGUGGAGUAUUUUCGCCUCUGGCCUAGUUUACCGGCCAUGGUGGAGUUCACAGGUACUUAUACAUACGAAGGUAGCGGGUUUAAGGCCACAGCUGCUCAGCAAUACGGUUCUUCCCCUUUCUUGAGUGGGCUCAGAUCUUUAUCUUCCAAGCCUUUUCAUAGAGUUUGCUCUCACAUUAUCCGAACUGUAGCUGGGUUCCAGCUAUGUUUUGCUGCAAAGACAUGGCAUGGGGGUUUUGUGGGGAUGAUGAUAUUUGGUGCAAGUGAAGUGAGUAGAAACGUAGACUUGGGUGAUGAAACAACAGCUAUGAUAUGUAAGUUUGUGGUUAGGGCAUCAGAUGCAGCCAUUAUAAAAGAAGUUGGUUCGGAUCUACAGUCAUGGUGUGAUGAUCUUACUGAUGGGGGUGUCGACUACAUGCCGGAAGAUGAAGUCAAGCUGGCUGCUGCUGAGAGGCUACGUGUAUCCAUGGAACGGAUAGCUAUUUUAAAGGCGGCUCAGCCGCCUCCUAAAGCCCCAAAAAUUGAAGAAGAAGAAGAAGAAGAAGUAAAAGAUGACGUGGACAGUGAUGAUGAUGACGUGGUGGACAAGAAGGAAAGUGGGGAGGACGGAAAGAAGAAACACAAGGGUCCCACAACUUUGUUUGAGUUGACACCGGAGGAGGUGGAGCAUCGUGCGCUUCAAACUGCGGUGUUGCAGGAAUGGCAUGCGCUGUGUAAAGAUAGAAACACCAAAGUUAAAUAGGACAAGUUUCAAGUUUUUUGGCGGGAGUUUUGCAUAGUUUUGUUUUUAUAAGUGGUUAUUGAGGCUGUGACGUCAGAGUGUUUUCUUGUUAUUUGUUUGUCUAAUUCCGUGGUUGUGUUGUAUUCUUGUACUCUUUUUCAGGCACAUAGUGAUUCAUUUCUUUUCUGUA